GUAUUGAAUAUUAAGCGGCCUGUAUGGUUUUGCCUAUAUGUUAAGAAUUAUCGACGAAAUUUUGUCACAAAGAAAUUCUGAAAAGUUAUCCGAAAUUUUUUUCGACGAAGUUUAUCCGCCGAAAAUCUAUCUGACGAAAUGUUCCUAAUGUACAUGUUGUCAGACCUACAAACACAUUGCCAUGAAACAUGAAAAGGCGCUCACUAAAUGAUAGAAUAGAACUAUUAUUUACCUUGGGGACCGAUUAGCAAAGUACGCCCGCCCUUUACACAAAAAAGAUCUUCAAUUACAAACUUUUGGCUUGUCGGUGUACCUUUGGAAUCUUACGAGUAAAGUGGAGAUAAUAAAGGCUGCGUGUUUGCUGUAUAUAGAGCUUUUUUCAAAAUCUUUCUUUAUGAUUGUUAAAAUGUCCCUUGCCCCCCCCCCCCACUUACCAACCUUUAUCGAAACCCUUGAUAUAAUAAUAAUCAUUGAAGAUUAAUGCUUGCGUUUUGAUGACGAUGGAGAGGACUUUAAUUGGGGAGAGAAAAUAUUAUUUGUUGGGGUGAGAAAAUUAAUAAUAAUGUUAGAGGAGAAAUGCAAAGCAACCCCCCCCCUAAUUUGAGUGUGACAAAUCUGUCAGUUACCUUCUAGCUUUAGCGCUAUUGAAGGUGCAUUUACUUACAGGGGCGUCGUGGCGAAUGAAUUCUAGAGGGGGCAAGAAAGAAAAAUUUUCCGAAAAAAUUUCUUUGAUUUAUUUUACUCAAAAAGAAGCAUUUUAUAUCCUGAGAAAUUCUGAGAAAUCAUUUUGAUUUUUGAAAAUAUGGUAUUUUCUCUUUACACAAGUGAAUUGCCCCUCGAAAUUUCUCGGUAGUACUUUGGUGCAAGUAAUUUAUGUUGCUAAAAGUUUGAAAAUUAUCCGCAGCUCAAGUCUGAGAAUUUUCCGAAAAAACAAUGUUUUUCUGAAAAACCGUCAAAUUUUGAAAGCAGAGGAGGCCACGGCCCCUCCUGCCCUCCUGCCCCCCCCGGCCACGACGCCGUUGAUUUACUAGCUAACUUCCGCUCGGCAGAAGUUGGCCAGGAAGAACGCAGCAUGAUUCUGUGAUGAUGCGAAUGUUCGCGCUUCUAGAAGAUUGGACGGACCGGCCGGACCCUUCCCAGGCAUUUUGUGUAUCAGGAAAGAAUGUGCUCGUUUGAAACAUCAGUUUUCCACGGCCUUAACAUAGCUCCUGUUGACGCUUUCUAUGCCCUUCAGCAAAGUUUUCAGGAGGAUACACACCCGAAGAAAACAAUUCUCGAGAUAGGAGUAUACCGUAAUGAAAAUGGAAAGCCGUAUUUGCUACCUGUUGUAACCAGUGUUGAGAAGGCAAUGGCUGAAGACAAAACACUGGAUCAUGAUUUGCUGCCAUUCACUGGUUUAAAAGAUCUUUGUAAUGCUGCAACAAGAUUGGCAUUAGGGAACGAAAGUACUGCCAUAACACAGAACAGAGUCAGUGCUGUCCAGUCCUUGUCUGGAACUGGUGCAAUUUGUCUUGCAGCCAUGUUCUUGAAGAAAUUUCAUCCAGCAAAGACAGCUUAUGUAUCGAACCCAACAUGGAGAACCCACGAAAAAAUCUUAACUGGAGCUGGGUAUGAAGACAUAAGAACCUAUAGGUACUACAACCCCAAAAAUAAUGGCUUGAAUGUCGAGGGGAUGAUUGAGGACUUGAGGAAUGCCCCUAACGGAUCUGUUAUCGUGCUGCAUGCCUGUGCACAUAACCCCACAGGAGUUGAUCCCAGUAAAGAUGAGUGGCAACAGAUUGCAAAUGUGAUCCAGGAAAAGAAUCACUUCACAAUUUUUGACAUGGCCUACCAAGGAUUCGCUACUGGAGAUUUAGAUACUGAUGCUGCAGCGGUAAGGCGUUUUGCUGAAAGGGGCUUGGAGUUCCUUUGUGGACAAUCCUUUGCCAAAACAUUUGGCCUUUACAACGAGCGUGUUGGAAACCUGUUCCUUGUGUGCAAAGAGAGCAGCGUGGCUGCCGCUUUUCAGGCGCACAUAACGGCAAUACUCAAGCCAAUGUAUGGCAACCCGCCCAAUCACGGUGCAAGAAUUGUUGCAACCAUUUUGAACAACCCUGCACUAACUGCUGAGUGGAAGGAUCAACUUAAAGGAAUGUCCGAUCAUAUUAAGAAGAGUCGCAAGCUCUUGUAUGAGAAACUUAAAGCACUUGGUACCCCUGGAGAUUGGCAGCACAUCAUAGCACAGAAUGGCAUGUUUACUUUAUCAGGGCUCAAUCCGAAACAGGUGGACCAUCUUUCUCGCAAGUUCCACAUCUACCUUUUGAAGAACGGGCGGAUCAACAUGUCUUGUAUUAACCCUGCUAAUUGUGAUUACAUUGUCGAGGCGAUUCAUGAUGCUGUAACAUGCUGUGAUACAUCAUUGUGAAAUACAAAGGUUGCCAAGACGAAAUCAUUAGAAACAGAUCUUAACAUUAUUGUUGAUAAACGAAGGAUGAGUUUGGUUUUCUGCCUAAAAAGGACUGUCAUGGUUUUUACAAAUUCAAAAUAACAUCGAUAUCUCCAAAUCUGAAUGAGAACUGUUAUGAGAUAUUAAUAACAUUCAAGGUAUGAAGUAAUUUCUUGGAAUGAGUUCUAAAAUAAAAAGCUUGGAGAUUUCAAUUAGCACGUUUGAAUUGCGGCGUUGUUAAUUUUAUCAAAAUUUAGAAUAUCUAUUGACCUUUGCCUCAACCCUGUCGCAUAGCAUCUUCUUUGUCUACUCAUUUUAUCCUUAUGUCGAGGGUUGUCUUAAAGAUAUCAGAGUAAAGACAUGAUAAGUUUAUACCCAAGCUAAUUUCUAUUGGAAUUGAAAUUUAACUCUUGGAAAGAAAUAAUUUGUAAAUGGCUUUGAAAAAAGCAAACAUUUAGUAAACUAAAGCUUUUCGUCUGACACUCUUCAGAGUUUAAAACGUCAGAACAUAGAUCGAAAACUCUACGCUAAGAAAUAUGUAUAAAGAAAUAAUUCUGUUUGUUUUAUUCGCUUAUAAGUACCGAGAAAAAUGGAACGUAGAUAUUCUUAAUCACCACCAAUACAAACAGAAUGAUUUAGUGAAGAAGUUAUGCAGAAUGUUUUUUUAAAUUUUCAAAUUUAGACCAUGCAACCCGAAAAAGCACUACAGAACAGCUUUAAAGAUGAG